ACUGUCAGUGUGUGUUUGCAGGUUCGCGUGAUGGAGCGGAGACUGGAGUGGAGUGCUGGUGGUGGUGGAGGGAGUGAUGGUGGAGGAAGCUCUGGAGGAGGCAGGAGUGAGGGAGUCGAUGACAUGGACGACCUCCAGGUGGAAAUGGUGGAGAAGGAAGCAGUGAUCACCACCCUCUCCACCCAGGUGGAGGAGCAGAGACAACUACGGCUGCAGGACGCCAAGAAGGUGGAGGCCAAGGCUGCCAAGAUCAAGGAGUGGGUCACUAACAAGCUCAAGGAGGUAACAUUAACUUCUAACUUGUCUUUAUUGUUUGAUGCUUGA